AUGGCUAAGGUAUUUGGAGUUUUCAAGACUAUAAGGAACAACUGGAAGAAGUCUGUGUUCUUCACUACUGUCCUGUCAUACGGUGCCAAUUUCGCCAACGAAAAAUAUGAGACUCACAUGUUUAUGUCUCAAUGCUGUAGAACUGUUUCGGCUUACGGAGAUAUGCCAUUAUCGGUCGACAAAAAGCCAAAAAAAGUAACAGUUAUAUUGAAUCCAGCAGCUAACAAAAGAAACUCUAAAUCAGAUUUUGAAAAAUAUUGUGCUCCUCUAUUAUAUUUGGCUGGUUACUCAGUUACAGUCCUCACAACAGAACGAGAAGGCGGUGCUAGAAGUUUGGUAGAAAAUUUAAUCGGUGAAACAGAUGCUCUUAUUGUAGCUGGAGGUGACGGUACUCUAUCAGAGGUAGUAACUGGAUUGUUAAGACGUUUAAAGGGGGAUACAUCUCUCACAGAACAUUUACCAAUCGGAAUUUUACCUCUUGGACGUACAAACAAUGUUGCUCGACAAUUGUUACAACCCCAGGAUGACAACCAUGUGCAUUUUCUUACCAACGCAACAAUGGCCAUUAUAAAUGAGGUUAAUUCUGCUCAUCCUGUUGUAAAAAUUGAAAAUUUGGAGAGUCCAAAUCCCGAAAAAUGUGUGUAUGCUUUGAAUAGUAUUGAAUGGGGUGCAUUGAGAGAGGCCAAAGUGACCCGUGAUCAAUAUUGGUAUUUUGGUAAACUGAGAAAUUUUGCCGCUUUUGUGUUUGGCAACCAAUUUCUCCAAUACACAGUGGAUGCCGACCUAGAAUACAGUCCUCCAUGCUCUGGUUGCAGUAACUGCUAUAAAAAAUUAACCACUGUCAUCAACAAAUCGUCAAGUUUAUUUUCCUGGAUAAGUUGGGUUUUUUCAUUUAAAAGAAAUUCUGGUGGUACAGAUUAUUCAAAAAUAAACAAUCCUGAAUGCAGUAAUUAUUCAAAAGUUCCAAUCAGAACUUUUAAUGUCAAUAUUAAUUUAGAUGUCAAACAGACACCAGUUUUAAGAAUAAAUGUUGGUCCAGAAAAUAUUUCUUACUCUGAAUUUGUGAAAGAAGGUUAUUUAAAAUUUAGAGAUGAAAAUAGUAAAAUUCCAAAUUCCGUUAUAGAAGCUAAAGAUGUGACAGUAACACCUCAUAUUGAUGAUGAAAUUAAAUGGCUGUCAAUUGAUAAUGAGGAUUACGAAGUUAAGCCAAUGAAAUUGUCAUUAUUACCAAAUGCGGUAUAUUUAUUCAAGCCUGACAAUUCAAUAAGUCAAAAUCAGUCUCAAAAUAAAAGCGAUCAAGAAUCAAGUUUGUCAUUAGAUAAGUUUAGAAAUCACAUUGGUUUAAAACAAUUUGUUUAA